UCGUGAGUUAUUGUGAUGUCAUUCUCCACAUCUGUGUUACAUUGAAAUGAUUCCGGCGGAAGUUUAGUGGCGAGGCCCUGUCCACAAAGAAAUGGCGAGUGGUGUCGGGAAACACAAGAGGCUGUCCGUUGGCCCGACCGAGCCGUGGUCAUUGAGGGAGAAACUAUGCCUAGCUUCCUCUGUUAUGAGGAGCGGAGACCAAAACUGGGUGUCAGUCAGCAGAGCCAUCAAGCCUUUCUCAGAGCCAGGCCGCCCUCCAGACUGGUUCUCCCAGAAGCACUGUGCCUCCCAGUAUUCUGAGCUGCUGGAGACCACAGAGGCUCCAAAGCGUAAGCGUGGAGAGAAGGGUGAGGUGGUGGAGACCAUCGAGGAUGUGAUCGUACGGAGACUCACCGCCGAGAGGAUAGAGGAGCUGAAAAAACUACUGAGAGACACACAGGACAAAUACAGAAAGUUGAAGAAGGAGGUGGAUCUGAUCCAGACAGGACAUCUGGACUCACGGCUAGAGGAGCUGUGGACAGACAUAACACAGAAAAAUAAGCAGGAUGAGGAUGAGGCAGAUCUUAAGAGGAAGGCCACAGAGACAUCCUAUCAGGCUCGCCAAGCGGUUAAGAACACGCCUAAGCGGGUGUCCAGUGUCACUAUACGCUCCCCUCUGGGUGCCAGUCCCACGGGCAUGGAGGGGGCACAGACAGAUACCCCCACACCCCCAAUAGAUACAGCCAUGCCCCAGGCAGAGGAGACCCUUGGUGCCAAUUUGUCCCAGGUGGGAGCAGUGUUCCCGCCGUCGUCGGAUGCUCCAAUAGCGGGGCCUAAGGAGGGAAGCCUGGGGUCUCUGGUAGACGACUCCCCACAGAAGAGGCUCCUCAGUCAGAAGUCCACGCCGCCUCCCUCCCCUCUCCUCUCAGAGCUACUGAAGAAAGGAAGCCUGAUCUCUGCUAGCCCCAUACUGGUAGUGGAGGCGGAUGCUGCUGCUGCUGCAGGACUGGCUAACGGAGGAGUUCCUACUACAAUCCCCACUAUCACAGCAGACUUUGAGGUCGCCAGCGCAGUCAAAGAGGCAGGCUCAGAGGUGGUUAAGGUGGAGGAGGACCAUGUACCUGGUUCCUACAUGGGGGAUGAGCUGGACCUGGAGACCGUGGGAGAUAUCAUCUCCAUCAUAGAGGAGAAGGUGGAUGACUCUGUGGAGGCUCUAGAUGCUGCAGCAGUGGAGGCUGCUCUCUCUCUCUGUGAGGAGGCUGUUUCUGCUGGCCACUCCCUCUCAGGCCCAUGGGAGGCCCAGGACUUGAAGACCUCAGAGCCUGGUCCUAUGGUUCAGUCUGACCCCACACAUGAGUUUCAGGCUGUGGCUGGAGCUAACCCUGGGAGCCUGGAGCUACAGACGGAGAGUGGAAGGGGGGAAGCCGAAGAGGGGAAGGACUGUGAGGGACAAGAAACAGUGCAGACAAAUUUGGUCCCUUCUGUUGUCGCUGAUGAUGGCCUGGCAGGAAGCGAGGUCACAGAGGAGGGAGUUCUGGGGGAGGAAGGAGCCCUGAGCACAGCUGUGAAGACUGAAAAUGAGGAGUGGACCCAGCCAGAACUAAACACACCCUGCCUAGACUCAGAAGACAGCUCUGGAUCAGGGAAAGAGUCCAAGGAAGUGAAGGAUGAGGAUGGAGCGAGUGAUGGGGAUCCUGAUGAAGGAAUGGAGAUGAAGGAAUGUGGAGAGGGGGAGGGGCCCUACCUAUCAGAAGUAGAACCGGCAGCCAGUGAGAGUGAGGAUGGCUAUGGCCCCUCCUCCCAACGCUACACCACAGCUGAUUCGCUAGCCAGCAGCCCCGCCUCUUCCCAGUUUUCAAUAUGUGGGGAGGAUCAGGAGGCCGUUCAGGCUCAGAAGAUCUGGAAGAAAGCCAUCAUGCUGGUGUGGAGAGCAGCGGCCAAUCACAGGUACGCCAGUGUGUUCCUUCAGUCUGUGUCUGAAGACAUCGCCCCUGGUUACCACAGCAUUGUACACAGACCCAUGGAUCUGUCGGCCAUCAAGAAGAGUAUCGAGGCGGGUCAGAUCCGUACGACAGCAGAGUUCCAGCGUGACAUCAUGCUGAUGUUCCAGAACGCGGUGAUGUACAACAGCUCUGACCACGACGUGUUCCACAUGGCCCUGGAGAUGCAGAGAGAUGUUCUAGAACAUGUGCAGCAGUUCCUGGCCACUCAGCUCAUCAUGCAGACCUCAGAGUCCUCCAUCUCCACCAAGAGCCUCAGAGGCCGCGAGGGGGGUCGCAAGCCAGGGGAGUCCGUGGAGAAGGACAGUGUCCCAAUGGCCUCUCCCGCUUUCCUUCUCUCUCUCUUUGAUGGGGGCACCAGAGGGCGCCGCUGUGCUAUUGAAGCAGACAUGAAGAUGAAGAAAUAACCAGAGUCAAAAGGCAGUAGGACAAUAGAUUGCCAACAGGCCAUAGGGCUGGAGGUUUAAAGAGAGACUUGAUGCAGGGCUGCAGUCCUCGGGUAUUCUCCUCUCCAGGCCGUUUCUGAUUGAUCAUUGUGUACCAUAGUUGUGUACAGUUUAAUUCACUAACUUAAGUCUGAUUGUAUUUAAAGCCAGUACACUAGAUAUCCAGACAUCAUAUGAUUGUCAUUGAUAUUUGCCACUGGUAAACAGCAGACACUGCAGCCCUGGAGGACUGAAUUUGUUUUACAACUGCAGUAGUACUAAAGUACUAGUGACUGACUUGGUGCCCUGUUGUUUUGUGUAUAGGAUUAGCCAACUGCAAAAUAUUCUUCAAGGAAUCAUUAUCCCAGUGUCCACACACUGAUUGGUAGAAUCAACAUUGUUUCAAUAUAAUUUGUCAAUGUGUUGUAACGUGGAAUCUAUACUGAACAAGAAUAUAAACGCGACAUGCAACAAUUCCCACCCCACAUGAUCCCGCAGGUCUGGUGUAGAAUCUGUAUGUGGAGGUCCUGGGCUGACAUGGUUAUACAUGAUCUGUGUAACCACGGUUGUACUGACAUAUUCUCUAAAACGAUGUUGGAGGCGGCUUAUGUUAGACAUUCAGCUCUGGUGGACAUUCCUGCAGUCAGCAUGCCAAUUGCGCGCUCGCUCAGCACUUGACAUCUGUGGCAUUGUGUUGCGAUAAAA